AUGGAUGUUCUUCGUGUGGAUACCUACCUCAUGUUGUUGGUAAUGGGGACGAUGAUCUUUGAGCCAUUAGGGUCUGUUGGGUCAUGCCACAUGCUUGUAAGGUCUCCUGGACUCCGAUACUUCUUGACAUGGAAAAAGAGCGAUUGGAGCGGAACAUAUGACGAUUUCGGUUCCAAGGAUACUAUACUUCUGAACGGGACCUUGAUGGAGCUGGAAAAUGAUGUUAAUCCGGUGAAAUGA